AUGGCGAGCGUGGAUAUCUUGCAUGAUGACAGCAACAUUGAGUAUGUCUGCUCAGGGACAUCUGACGGGGUGUUCAAUUCGUCCCCUGACACACCCUCUACCAUUUAUCCUGAUCGUCUGAUUCGUCCCCUACCUAGACGGACCCUCCGUUCACGUCUUUCUUCCGAUGCUGCCGACACUCUAUUCUAUCCUCCUACGCCGCCGGCGUCUCAAAUAUUCUACGGUGUCUCUGCGGAUUCCGAAGAAGCGGUGAAUGAAUCCAAAGUUUAUGUGCAGCAGACCGUUGAGACUGAAAUGUCACCAGAGGUUGACGCCCAUGAAUUUGAGACGUCAAUAGAGGUCGAGAGCGGUGAUGAAGGCGGUCCGAUGGUUGUGCGGAGGAGUGGUGUUGUCCGGAGAUCUUCGAUGUCACCUCCCGUGUCUGGCAAUCCACAUAGCUUCCCCCACGACACACCGCAGACAAAGUCUUCAACAGGAGACGGUUACGACGCGUUUGAGAAUACGAAUAACAAGAAAAAACGAAAGAUACCUACGCCUGGAAACUUGGGAGGACACCACUCUGCGUUGUCUCCCGAGUUCGCCAGUAUGGGGUUGGCAAGCUCAACCCCCGUACGAGUUCCUACCCCGACUGAUGCCACUGGCACAUAUUAUGGGAGUGGGAACCCUGCGUCUCCUUUAGGAAGUGGGAUAUCUGGUUCAGGAAGAGGUCGUUUGGGACGUCCUACUGUUCGUAGCAGCAGCAGGAACCCGUUAUCGCCCAACGCUCAGCAUGGAUGGUUGAAUGCCCGGACGCCCAGUCGGCGGGACGGGUUGAUGUCAUCCCCUGGCCCUUCUGGUGAAUCUCCUUCUGACCAGGGAAUUAUCUCCACCGCGAUCGCCAAUGCCGCAACACACUCCUCCCCACCUCGAGGUCCCAGCAACGUCAGCCUGUUGGAGAAAGAGAAAGAAAAUACCACUCCGACGAAGACACAAUUCACCUUCACGUGUGAGUCCGACUCUUCUAAGGGCAUGGCGAUGCAACGAAAUUAUUCAAUUCCUUAUCGGUCCCCCACUUCACCACUCGGUCCAGCAAGUCAAAAACAGAGGGGGGUCUCCACACAAAGGACACAAAGUAGCCCCGUGAACCACCAGGCUCCACCGGGUACACAAGCACCCGCUCAAGGUGGGGAGCCAACUCCCGUGGUCCCCAAGAAGAAACGGUCUCCAAGCAGCACCUACGCACUGUCUGCACGUCAACGGAAGGUCCAGCAACAAUACACGAACUUCCACCACCCCCCUAGUCUCGAGGACAUCUGGAUUUGUGAAUUCUGUGAAUAUGAGAGCAUCUUUGGGCAUCCCCCCGAAGCCCUAAUCCGGCAGUAUGAGAUGAAAGACCGCAAAGAGCGCAAGCGACUAGCGGAGAAGAAGCGACUUUUGGAGAAGGCCAAGAUGAAAGGUCGCAAGACCAAGAAGGCGACCAAGAACGCAUCGAAGAAUGGCUCACAGCACCCCUACCAGCAGGGAUACGACCGCGCUUCAGCUGACCACUCCUCCGCCGCUGGUUCAGGUCUUCCCGAUGAUGAAUACCAAGGACAUGAAUAUGAUGAUGAUGAAAAUUCGCCGAUCCCACCUUCCGCCCCUGCGUCCCCCUCCGACCUCAAGCCUCCACUGCCCACUGGAAAUCAUCCGAAGAUCGCCGCGUCUGUUCAAGGUAUUAAGGGUGCUGCGGAUCCCGGAGCAAGUCGACCGGCGUAA